AUGUCGGACUCGGAGGAGGAGGAGAGUCCGGACCGACAGCUCAAGCUAGUGUUGCUGGGGGACGGCACCACUGGCAAGACAUCCCUAGCCACACGUUUUGCCCAGGAAACAUUUGGAAAACAGUACAAGCAAACCCUAGGACUGGACUUCUUCCUGAAAAGCAUAGUGCUGCCAGGAAAUGCAAAUGUUACUCUUCAAGUGUGGGAUGUAGGGGGACAAACAAUAGGAGGCAAAAUGCUGGAUAAAUACAUUUAUGGAGCUCAGGGUAUUCUCUUGGUUUAUGAUAUUACCAACAGCCAGAGUUUUGAAAAUUUAGAAGACUGGCAUAAUGUGGUAAAAAAAGUGAAUGAAGAAUCAGAAACACAGCCACUUGUGGCCUUGGUCGGAAAUAAAAUUGACUUGGAACAUAUGCGCACAGUGAAAGUUGACAAGCAUCAGCGAUUCUGCCAGGAAAACAAUUUCAGUAGCCAUUUCGUGUCAGCCAAGACAGGAGAUUCUGUCUUCCUGUGUUUUCAGAGAAUUGCUGCUGACAUACUUGGCAUCAAAUUAAACAAAGCAGAACUGGAACAAUCACAGAGAGUGGUGAAGGCAGAUAUUGUCAACUACAGUCAGGAGCCUGUGACGAGAACCGUUAAUCCUCCUAGAAGCUCCAUGUGUGCAGUUCAAUGACUAUGCUGCUUUUCUCUGUUUUGAUAUCUUCAGCAGUCCUCCUACCUUGACACAGGCUCUGGGAUUCCCAGGAACUUUUAAUAGUGACCAUCACAACAGUGCA